AUGGACCACCGCGGUCUUCACGAGGAAUCUUGCAAGAGACUAAUGCUCGAACUCGAUCCGACGCUGUCGGUCGUAUGUUCUCAUGCAAUCGGGGGUAUUGGACUCUUGGAGCGUGAGAAUGCGACUAUUCUCAAUGCUUCGAUUCUUACAUUGGCCCGACGAACUGUGGGUGCUUUUUGUCGGGCUAUGGCACAGCUUCGCCUGGAGUGUCCGCUUUAUCUCACUCAGAACGAUGGCACUCUGACAGAUGCUGCGACCGCCGCGGAGCUGCCUAUCAAGACCUUUGCUAGCGGUCCUACGAAUAGCAUGACCGGUGCAGCAUAUCUAGCCGGUCUGGAUAAAGGCACCGCGAGCCACUUGCGUUCUGACACCCAAGUCCUCAUCGUGGAUGUUGGCGGCACGACAAGCGAUGUAUGUGGGCUACUUCCUUCUGGCUUUCCGCGUCAGGCACCUAACUUUGUUGAAGUUGGGGGUGUGCGGACGGCAUUCUCUAUGCCAGAGGUGUUGUCCAUUGGUCUUGGAGGGGGGAGCCGAGUAGUCCAAGAUGUGACCACGGGAAAUGUGAGCGUGGGACCGGAGUCUGUUGGCCAUAACCUCACCAGCCAAGCGAUGGUCUUCGGGGGCAAUGCAUUGACAGCCACUGAUAUCGUCGUCGCAUCGGGUGCAGCAGAAAUCGGUGACUCGGACAGAGUCCAGCAUCUUCCGUCUUCGCUGGUUACUACCGCACGAACACAAAUCAAGAAAUUACUCGAACGCGCUGUGGAUGACAUGAAAGUUUCAGAACUACCUAUCACUCUACUCCUAGUCGGAGGCGGCUCCGUAGUCCAAAUGGAUCCUCUGGAAGGAGUAGCGGAAUCCAUAACCCCUCCACAUCACGACUCGGCCAAUGCAGUAGGUGCAGCUAUUGCAAAGGUUGCUGGUGAGCUUGAUAUCAUCGAGGUCCUGGCGGAUCGUGAUCAUAAGGCGGUGGUUGAGCAGGCCGAGAAGAGAGCUAUAGAAGUGGCAGUGGCCAGAGGUGCAGACCGAGAAGAUGUCCAGAUUAUGGAGGUUGACCAAAUCCCGCUACAGUAUGUCACUAACAAGGCUACGCGAUUGGUUAUCAAAGCUGUUGGGAAGCUGGCGCCGCCAGAUUCUGACCGCGCUGUUACCACUGGUCCAGUUGUGAAUGGCUUCGAUGACGAGGAACUUGAGCAAGCUGAAGAACACCGGAACAGGCCGGAUGCUGUGUCUACUGUCAAACAUGCAGCAUACAUGGACAUCCAAACCUACCGUCCAGACGUCCGGAAUGGAGUCUGGUAUCUCUCACCUGUCGACCUCGAAUUCAUCGCCACUGGUACAGGCGUCUUGGGCACAGGAGGAGGCGGCCCAUCUCGUCUACAAUGUCUCCAUAGUCUAGAAUACCUCCGCGAUCCACAAUUCAAAGGAACAAUGCGAGUCAUCGCACCAGAAAGCCUUGCUGACUCGGACGUCUGCGUAUUCGGCUCGUGGUACGGAGCACCAAGCGUCUCUGGCGAACGAAUACCAGCCGGCGAUGAGUUGAUGACGGCUAUUGACUUCUCGGUCAAGAUAUCUGGUCACAAGCAUUUUGAAGCAAUCGUGGCGGAUGAAAUAGGGGGUGGGAAUGGGUUGGCCGCGUUUCCGUCGAGUGCUUAUUAUGAUAUUCCUGUGGUGGAUGGGGAUUUGAUGGGUCGUGCUUAUCCGACUAUUGAGCAUGGCACGCCGUAUGUUUAUGGCCAUCCGAUCGUUCCUUGUGCAGUCGCGGACGGCAAGGGAAAUGCAGCUGUAGUCAUGCAAGCGGAAUCGCACCGCCGAAUCGAGACAAUGCUCAGAUCGCAAUGCGUGGACUUGGGAAACAAGGUGGCUGUCGCUGCCACUCCGUUGACUGGCGACGUGAUCAAGCAAUAUGCAAUUCCUAACACGGUGUCGCAAGCAUGGUACAUCGGACGUGCUAUCCACCAAGCACGGAAGUCGAAGAAGAAUAUCAUCCAAGCUAUUUUCGAUACGACCCCCGGCAAAGUCCUCUACACGGGCAAAAUCAUCCACGUGCAGCGCGACAUAAGUCGAGGGUACACAGUCGGCCAAUGCACGAUAGCACCUCUUCGCAAUGAUGAAAAAGAGGUCCUCACUCAGUCCGAUAUCACCGAAGAGACCCGCAAUCUGGUCGUGCCAUUUCAGAAUGAAUUUCUGUACGCGGGAUACGCAGAUCCAGCAAAUCCAGAGAGAGAACUGGACAUUAUCUGCACAGUACCAGAUCUUAUCUCCAUUCUAGGAACUGAUGGCGAGGCCAUUGGAUCUCCGGAGCUGCGAUACGGACUCAAAGUCAGUGUGAUUGCCAUGGCAGCUCAUCCGCUGUGGACAGGCGACGAAAGGGGUUUGCGCAUAGGAGGCCCCGAGGGAUUUGGCCUGGACAUGCCAUGGAAGAAACUGGGCGAAUACCAAAAACCAAGGAGUGUAGUAGAAGAGUUCAACAACAGAUAA